CUUCUCCCGGCCAGCCGAGACGGGUACCAGUGGAAGGCGGCAGCAAAAGCAGGAUCGAACGGUUGCGGUGAAGAUUCGCGGUUCGUCAGCUCUCCUGUACCCGCACACGCAUCCUUCUCAGUAGAGUCGUUUGGCGUGCUCUCGCAAUUGUGGUGUUUAAUCGUUCGCGCCGGACCACCCCGUAAUUACUAAACGACGCCUUGAAUCGUCGCUAUGCUCAUUCCUUGUCCAGUUUUGUGUGAACGUGAGAUGGUAAAUAAUCGUUUGGCCAGACUGUCGUGAAAGACGCACGGGAAAAAAAAAUCGGGCCGUUAAAGACCCAGUCGCAAGGUCGAGUCGCUGAUAAAACCAAUAUUUCCUUGGACUAGAGACAUCUCUAAAGUAAACAAGCGUCAUCUCAUCUGUAUCAGCAAUUAUCGUCAACAAUCGGCAGGUGUUUGUUUUCAUGAGUGCCAUCUUUUACUGUAGACCAACCAACUCUAAGCAUCUUGUUGCAGAGAAUUGUAAUGAUAAAUUCGAUAAAGACUCAAGUUCCACCAGCUUUGUAACUGUAAAUCUUCUGUUUUGAAAAAACAUACUGAGCCAAGCAAGUCAGCUCGAAUUACGAGCCGGCUGCGUCAACUGCUAGGGUGAAGCUCGGAACACCUGCUAGGGAGGAGAGAAGAGACGGUUUCGAACUGGUACUCCUCACAGAAAGCACGACGAAAGAUUGGGGCCAGGACGGACUUUUAUCGUCCGCACGUUUUUCCACGAUUGAUCUCCAUGGCAUCAUGGCCACGAGUCCUGCCAAUCCGUACAACGCGGUAAUCCAUGAAGGCAUGCAGGUGGCCACAUCGCAAGCCAGCUACGGCAGGGAACCACCGGAGAUGAAAUACAUGCCACCGAACCCCCAUCAUGGACCCAACGGGCAUGCUUUGGCCCCUCACCACCAGUGGGUGGGUCUGCCCCAUAGUGAUCCUUCUCCGUGGUCCACAGGUGGAGGCAUGGGAUUGCAUGGACCAGGCGGCCAGGACAUCAAGCCCAGCGACAUCCAUCCUGGUACACUGCACCACCGUCCUGCCCAGCACAUGGGGGCUCCUUGGCAUCCCUCCUCUCUGGGGGCGACUGGCCACAUGGGUGGCCACAUGAGUCCCAGCCCGAAUGGUUCGCCGCCCUUGCAACACCAUUAUGGGGCGAUGAAUGGAAUGCUGUCACACGGUGGUGGUGGUCAACUUCACCCAGGGAUGCGUGAAAUGCAGCACUCUCACCACCAUCCCGACCCCCAUCACCAUCACCAGCCCCAUCAGCAUCCGCAUCACCACCUGCACGGAGACAUGCUGGACCCUAGGCACCACCCUGAUGGGUCCGAAGAAGAAGCCCCUAGCUCGGACGAUUUGGAACAGUUCGCGAAACAGUUCAAGCAGAGACGCAUAAAGUUGGGGUUUACCCAGGCAGAUGUUGGUCUAGCCUUAGGAACCCUCUAUGGCAAUGUGUUUAGUCAAACUACCAUCUGCAGAUUCGAAGCCCUGCAGCUGAGCUUCAAGAACAUGUGCAAGCUAAAGCCCCUGCUCGCCAAAUGGCUAGAGGAGGCGGACAGCACGACGGGCUCGCCAACAUCUAUCGACAAAAUCGCCGCCCAAGGUCGCAAGCGAAAGAAGAGGACCAGCAUCGAGGUCUCAGUCAAGGGGGCUCUUGAGAACCACUUCCACAAGCAGCCCAAGCCCUCCGCUCAGGAGAUAGCCGGGCUAGCGGAUAGCCUCCAGCUUGAGAAAGAGGUUGUCAGAGUGUGGUUCUGCAACAGAAGGCAGAAGGAGAAACGCAUGACCCCUCCGGUCAACAUAGGAGGUCCAGGGGGCCCGGGCACACCGGGGGAGAUGAUGAUCACACACAGUCCACCAGGGCAUGGGUCCCUUCACUCCCACAGCCCUCCGAUGCUGUCUCCCCAGAAUCACGGUCCACCCCCGCACAUGCAUGGCCAAUCUUUGGCGGCUCACUGACAAAUAGCCCCCUGUUUCGUCCUGCCUACCACCGGACACCACCACUCCCUCUAUGACUGAUGUCCAAGGACAAGCACAACUCCCCCCUUAUACAUACAAGAUAUAUAUUAUAUAUAUACAUAUAUAUAUUGUACAUAGCGAAGACAUAGUGGCCAGGUAACUCGAAGGAGCCAGCGAGUAAGGACGCUUGAUGUACCAUAGAUUGUAAAGAAGUUGGAACGCUUUGACUAACUCUCUUCGAGACCGUAUAAAUAAUAUAAAUAGUGCCAAUGUUGUCCUUUUUCCACCUCAAGAAAAUGUCUUUUUUUAAAAAAAGCAACUCACUAUCACCAAGUCAUUUGUACAUUUGAAAAAGACAAAACUCCUGCUCAACUUUUUUUUCCUUCAAAAGAAUUUGCAAAGAGAGAUAGGGGAGAAGGCCCGGAUGUACAGAAUCCAUCUCGAAUUCAUUGUCAUCUUCUGCUUGACUCAUCGCUUUUUCUUUGUUGCAGUUGAAUGAUGGAGUAGAAAGAAAAUUUGAGGAAGAAGUGCACUGAAGAGACUAAUCGAUUUUAGAGCACCGAUCAUCACAAGAAACGGGUCUCCCAUUCAAAACCUAAGAUGGGCCCCACUUAUCAAGUCAUUGCACAGACCCUCAUGAACGACUUCGUCACCAAAUCUGUAUUUUGCAUGCUUAGAGCCUAAAAAGAAAUUAUACAAAAUUAUUAAUUCUAGUCUUUAAGCUUACGUCUUGUUAUUGUUGUCAAGUUACAACUUAAACCUGUUGUGUUUUUUAUAUGGUUUUAGGAACAGUUCAUUUCCCAUUUCUAUGUAUGUGAUGUUAUAUUGAAUAUAUUAUUUUAUGGCGCCUUUGAUUUAAGUUAAAAAU